AUGAGUGACUACUCUGGGGUAAAAUUCUUCUUAACUUCAAUGGCUAUUAAAUGUGAUGAACCCACCAGAUCAUUGAGUGGUCUCAUCUUGAAGAAUAAUGUGAAAGCACAUUUUCAGAAUUUCCCAAACGGGGUAACAGACUUUAUUAAAAGUGAAUGCUUAAAUAAUAUUGGUGAUUCGUCUCCUCUGAUCAGAGCCACUGUUGGUAUUUUGAUUACAACCAUAGCCUCCAAGGGAGAAUUGCAGAAUUGGCCUGAUCUCUUACCAAAACUCUGUAGCCUGUUGGAUUCUGAAGAUUAUAAUACCUGUGAGGGAGCAUUUGGUGCACUUCAGAAGAUAUGUGAAGAUUCUGCCGAAAUUUUAGAUAGUGAUGUGCUGGAUCGUCCUCUCAACAUUAUGAUUCCCAAGUUUUUACAAUUCUUCAAGCACAGUAGCCCCAAAAUAAGGUCUCAUGCUGUUGCAUGUGUCAAUCAGUUUAUCAUCAGUAGGACUCAAGCUCUGAUGUUGCACAUUGAUUCUUUUAUCGAGAAUCUCUUUGCACUGGCUGGUGAUGAAGAACCAGAGGUGCGGAAAAAUGUGUGCCGGGCACUUGUGAUGUUGCUUGAAGUUCGAAUGGAUCGUCUCCUUCCUCACAUGCACAAUAUUGUUGAGUACAUGCUACAAAGAACCCAAGACCAAGAUGAAAAUGUGGCUUUAGAAGCCUGUGAAUUUUGGCUUACUUUGGCUGAGCAGCCAAUCUGCAAAGAUGUACUCAUAAGACAUCUUCCCAAGUUGAUUCCUGUUUUAGUAAAUGGCAUGAAGUACUCAGAUAUAGAUAUUAUCUUGCUUAAGGGUGAUGUUGAAGAGGAUGAAACAAUUCCUGAUAGUGAACAAGAUAUAAGGCCACGUUUUCAUCGAUCAAGAACUGUGGCUCAACAGCAUGAUGAAGAUGGAAUUGAAGAGGAAGAUGAUGAAGAUGAUGAAAUUGAUGAUGAUGAUACAAUUUCUGACUGGAAUCUAAGAAAAUGUUCUGCCGCUGCCCUAGAUGUUCUUGCAAAUGUGUAUCGUGAUGAGCUACUGCCACAUAUUUUGCCACUUUUGAAAGAAUUACUUUUCCACCAUGAGUGGGUUGUGAAAGAAUCAGGCAUCCUGGUUUUAGGAGCAAUUGCUGAAGGUUGCAUGCAAGGCAUGAUUCCAUAUCUACCUGAGCUCAUUCCUCACCUUAUUCAGUGCCUCUCUGAUAAAAAGGCUCUUGUGCGUUCAAUAACAUGCUGGACUCUUAGCCGCUAUGCACAUUGGGUAGUCAGCCAGCCACCGGAUACUUAUCUGAAGCCAUUAAUGACAGAAUUGCUAAAACGUAUCCUGGAUAGCAACAAGAGAGUACAAGAAGCUGCCUGCAGUGCCUUUGCUACACUAGAAGAGGAAGCUUGUACAGAACUUGUUCCUUACCUUGCUUAUAUACUUGAUACCCUGGUCUUCGCAUUUAGUAAAUACCAGCAUAAAAACCUGCUCAUCCUCUAUGAUGCCAUAGGAACAUUAGCAGAUUCAGUGGGACAUCAUUUAAAUAAACCUGAAUAUAUUCAGAUGCUAAUGCCUCCACUCAUCCAGAAAUGGAACAUGUUAAAGGAUGAAGAUAAAGAUCUUUUCCCUUUACUUGAGUGCCUAUCUUCAGUUGCCACAGCCCUACAGUCUGGCUUUCUUCCCUACUGUGAACCCGUGUAUCAGCGUUGUGUAAACCUAGUACAGAAGACUCUUGCUCAAGCCAUGCUGAACAAUGCUCAACCAGAUCAAUAUGAAGCUCCAGAUAAAGAUUUUAUGAUCGUGGCUCUUGAUUUACUCAGUGGCCUGGCUGAAGGCCUGGGAGGCAACAUUGAGCAGCUAGUAGCUCGAAGUAACAUUCUAACACUAAUGUAUCAGUGCAUGCAGGAUAAAAUGCCAGAAGUUCGACAGAGUUCCUUUGCCCUAUUAGGUGACCUGACUAAAGCUUGCUUUCAGCAUGUUAAGCCUUGUAUAGCUGAUUUCAUGCCAAUAUUGGGAACCAACCUAAAUCCAGAGUUCAUUUCAGUUUGCAACAAUGCCACAUGGGCAAUUGGAGAAAUCUCCAUUCAAAUGGGUAUAGAGAUGCAGCCUUAUAUUCCUAUGGUGUUGCACCAGCUUGUAGAAAUCAUUAACAGACCCAACACACCAAAGACGUUGUUAGAGAACACAGCAAUAACAAUUGGUCGUCUUGGUUACGUUUGUCCUCAAGAGGUGGCCCCCAUGCUACAGCAGUUUAUAAGACCCUGGUGUACCUCUUUAAGAAACAUAAGAGACAAUGAAGAAAAGGAUUCAGCAUUCCGAGGGAUUUGUACCAUGAUCAGUGUGAAUCCCAGUGGUGUAAUCCAAGAUUUUAUAUUUUUUUGUGAUGCUGUUGCAUCCUGGAUUAACCCAAAAGAUGACCUCAGAGACAUGUUCUGUAAGAUCCUUCAUGGAUUUAAAAAUCAAGUUGGAGAUGAAAAUUGGAGGCGUUUCUCUGACCAGUUUCCUCUUCCUUUAAAAGAGCGUCUUGCGGCUUUUUAUGGUGUUUAAUCUAAUACACUUAAGCUGCAGUCCCAAAAUUAGGGGUCCUUCUGUGUUGGAGAUAUGAGGGAGCCUCUGCACCCAGGGAAAAUGUUACCCUUUACAGGGGGGAAGGGUAAACCAGUAGGGAAUACAGUACAAUCCCAACCCUACUGGGAGGGGCGGGAGGGAGGUGUUGCCGUCACUGUAUUAAGUCGAUGUUGGGAAAUGUUUUAACAUCUGGAGCCUUUGUGGGUGGAAAUCUGUCUCCAAUUACAACUCUGCACUGGAUGAGAAGAAGCAAAAAAAAAAAAAAAAAAUUCAGUCUACUCACAAAACAGUACAUUCUGGAAUAUUAUGGGGAAUUGUACCAAAACAAGAACCAUAUAAAUGAUGCGUAGGGACAAGAAAGAGGGGAAAUUGCAUAGCGCACAAUAAAGAAAACUUAAGAAUGGGGGUUACAAACAGUGAAGAAGGUUUUUUUCUUUUUUUACUUAAAAAGUCUUUUAUAUAAACUUUCCCAAAUAUGGGGCCUUGUUUUGCAUGCUGAUGAAGAACUACACAAAAAAGCUAGUACAGUUAAAAUCAGCUUGCCUUCCCAUAGUAGAAGCAGGUUCUUGGAAGUUAACAAUUUAAGGUACCCCCCAAAAAACGUUGGAAAUAAAACAAAACAAAUUUAAACAAUGAAGCACCCUGUGAAAUGCCAAACGAGUCACUCCUUUUACCUUUGUGGGCUGGGCAGGGAGGGAGGAAUAAAUGGGAUUGGGCAUAUCAUAACUAAAGAUGAUAUCUUAAUUUUACAUUAAAACAUUAGUGGAUAUAAUUUCAUGGUUGUACUUCAUUAGAUUUAAUUUCUAGGCCAACGCGUUAUUUUAAAGUGCAGUUAAGAUUCAGGCAUGCAUUCUGGCUCAUAGUGAUUGAAAGUAAUUUAAAUUAGUGGGAAAGUAGCAUGCCUGCAUCACAUAGAGUGAGAUUGGUAUUCAUUUACCUAUGUUGCGCCAGUUUGUGUUGCAGUUUACCAAUUCAAUAUAGCCCUGCAUUUAAAAUUCCUUUUUAAGAUUUGUGGAUUUUAUUUUUAUUAAGAAUAUAGAUAUAUAAAGUACUGUAGUUUACAACUAGGCCUUGAAGUAUCUCUUUAGGAUCUGUUAGGAAUAAGAUUGAUAUUGUAUUGUGUGUAACCUGCACAAUGUGGAAAGCUGAUAUACCUGUGCAAAAUCUUUGCCUCUGUGCUGUCAGUGUGAUGUGCUUUCUGCAUGGUUAUAUACUACUAGUGAUUUUAUCAAAACUUCUAAAGUUUAAAUUACAUGGUAAAAGAUCUGUAAAAGGCUGCAUAAAUGUUAGUUGGCACAUAAAGACAAUUGUAGAAGUUGAAAAAUGAUUGCUAUAUUUCAAUGUUUAUUCCCACUCAACAUAAUGCCUUCUAAGCUUUUCCCCUUUUUUGUUCAAAGCAUGAUCUUAAAGAUAUGUUUAAGUUAAUGGAUGUAAUGCAGGGUUCCUACACUGUAUUGGCGCAUGUUGGUGGCCCUCUGUGCCCUAGAUAUACGCACACAGGGUACAAGUCAAAAGCUACAGAGUGAAAGUGGGUUUGGAUCCUUUUCAUUUCAUUUGUUUAGCUUUUCUGUUAUUUUUCUCUACUUGUAUUCCUGUGAAUAAAUCCUUGUUAAGUUAACCCUUUACUUUUCCUUCCAUGUGUAUUUUCUUAUACUGUGAAUGUGAAAACCUAACUGGUACACUUGAUCUUAUGUCCAUAUGAAAGUGCAAGUCUUUAUUAAUUUGGAUUGCCUGAGCAGUGUAUCCCAUGAUGCUGAAGGAAAAUGGAGAGAUUUUUCUUUUUAACUCUGCUGGUCAGAGAUGAAGCCACGCCUUUCCAUUUUUCAAUGCUGCAUAUUUAAUCUGCAACAAAAAUGUUAAGCCAUAACAGCCUUUUUAUAUUUUAGUUUGUCACCUUUGCAUUGCAGAAUAAAUACUGAAUAACCAUUUUUAUAAGCAGUUGCUCCUCUUUGCAUGGUUCUAUUCUCAAAGUGUUGAAUGAUACAGCCAUUGCACUGAAGUUUGAGCUGUGUGUGACUUUAUAAAUACCAUUUCAAAAAAUUUCAAAUGCAUGGUAGCAUGCAAAAAGGUUUUUGUUGUGUAUGUGUGUGUGUGUUUUAACAUGUUUUUUUUAACCUUCUUUCCUCUACUCUGGCUUUGCAAAUUUCAGUCUGUAGAACCUAAAAUUAAAUAAUUUUAUAAUGCUCAAUUUUUUAAUUAUAAAUUAAAUUCAAAGCUAUGUGGCAUUUUGCUUUCUAGUAUGUUGCUUCUCUGGGAGCUCAAAAUUUACUUACUAUUUAAGUCUUUAAAACCUGAGUAGAUGCUAUUUUAUUCUUAAAUUAUAGUGAUACCCUCUAGUGCUUUACAUACUUUUUAGAAUUUAAUAUGGGUAUAUUUUAAUAUUCAAGAAUAAGUAGUAAAUCUUUUAAAUUAGAAGGCCAGAUACUUCUUUAAAGAUAGUAAAAACAAGUACAUAAAACCUUUUCAAUAAAUUUAUCUGAAUCUGAUUGACAAUUGUGUAUUAACUUUAUAAAAGCAAUAUUGUCACCUGUCUGAUUAAAAAUUAAAUUGUGGUUAAGCAGAUGUAUAAUGUAAGAAUGUACUCAUUUUUGUAAUCACUUAACCUGUUUCUAAAUUUAAUGAAAUUUUAAUGUAGAAAGUUAAGUAGAUAGGACUGGCCACCUGAAAUUAGGUUGAAAGGAGGGGGUGUAUUUCUCCAUUAAGGCUAUUGUUUCUUCCUAAUUUAUAUACAGUAUACAAUAACGUAGUAUAGUACAGGAAUUUGCAGAAGCCAUUUAAGUUAUCUUUUGAGGUAAGCUCUGAUUUAGCAUUUAUUCUGAAAAAACCUAAUACAUCAUGGGAUAUAUACAUAUAUAUAUAUAUAAAGCAACUUCUUGUGGUGUAGUCUUAAUAGUUUUGAAUGUUGACUGAAUGUCUAUGAGGUUGUGUUUGUCUUUGUUACAUUCCAGUGUUUCCACCUCUUGGCAUGCUUAGAGCACGGCUUACUUCAUCUGCUCCUUUCACACUAAAAUGCUGUUAGUGUGCUCAACUAAGAUAGCCAGCCGCUGCUAAGUGAUGUAGAUUUUCUACUUGAAUAUUUUUAUGUUGUAGGAACCUCAGGAGGUCAGUGUUUACUGUUUUAUAUAUGCCUUCUUUUCCCUGUUUGAGCUUCUCUCUUUGAAGGAUUCUAACAGAAUAAAAGCUGCUGAUCAACCUAAGUUGGAAACAGAAAGUCUUUUAUCACUUAAAUACUUGGCAGUUCCAUGUUACAGUCCAUUAGCGAGUAAACUUAGUGCCACAGAUAUAUUCAUUUAUUCAGGAAAUUUGCUUUUUGUAUUGUCUAAUCUCUUUAAUGACUUCAUACUGUGUUUUAAAAAAUCACUUUUAUAUAUUUUGGUUGGUUAUUUCUAAAAUAAUCAACAUGUAAAUAUCUUUGAAAGCCAGUUCUGAUGCUUUACAUUUUUGCUACUUGAUUUUGUUAUGCAGAUUAGAUUUCAGAAAGAUAAAUUUAAAACACUUAACCAAGCCAUUACAUCUUACAGACAGAACAAGUAGCAUACAUUUUAUAACUAACAUUGAUAAACACUGUGAUUUUUUUUGGUUAAGACUUUUUCAUUGAUCUGAAUUGCUUAAAUUGCAUAUAUUGUAAAAUAGAAUCAGAUGUAUAUUUUAAAAUAGUUUCAACUGACUUUCUUCUCUAAAUGCUUUGUCUACUCAGUUAUGAAAUAUUCAGAUACAAGUUUUAUCUCAGGUGAAUAUCCUUGUAUCAUUUUUGCUUUGGUGACAUAUGCUUGUAAAAGGUCAUCAUCAUACUGUCUUAGUUUUUUGUUGUUGUGGUUGGGUUUUUUUAGUGUACUUCAUUGAGAAUCAUCCCAUUUUUCCAAUUGUAGUAGACUAGAGUGGUAUAAAACCUUCCCAAACCCUUUCUACAUGAAGGUUGCCUGAAAGUUCCUCCUCCAAACUUACAAAAAUAGGAAAGUAGAAAUUUUUCUCUCCUGUAUAAAAUUUCUCUGCAUAGCUGAAUUGCCAGACUUAAUUUAAUUAAACUGAAGUCUAAAUUUAAGAACUUUGCCAUGAGAAAAAAGUAAGGUGUUUUUUUUUUGCUUUAUAAUCUAUAUUAUUCAUAUUGAAUGUGUAACAGUUAGCAAAGCAAAACAUUCUUUCCAAGAGAAGAGUGUAUUGUGUAUAACUGCAGUUCUAGUCCUUUCUUUGGUAGUACUUCAAAACACAGCUGUGCUUACGAUAAUACUUUUGCAAAUAUUACAAGGGGUGGGGGAAAAAUGUUACCACUAAUAUUGUUAAGUAAAGGCAUUGAAGUCUAAGAAAACUGGCCAUGAAAUAGUUAAGGGAUUGAUUGGGAUGAUCCAGAUGAAAAAUGAGAUAAGCUGUGUUAACAAUAUCAUCUAGUAUUAAUACCAUGCAGUAGCAUUGUAUACCUACCAAGCCUGGUGCAUUUUGUACUGUACUAAGUAUGGCAGUGCUUCUAUGGUCUCUAAUUCACAUGAAUGUUAGCUUCAUUUACCUCUGUAUACUUUUGGGGUGACUUGUGACUCACUUUUUCAGUCAAUAUAGAUCUUUUACCCCCAUUGGCAUUACACGUAUGUAGGUAGUUCUCUUUACCUAAUUAUUAUAAAUACUAUUUUAAGGUAUACAUUUAAACUACAGCAACUUUAUUGUGAUUUGUAUCCCUGAAUAUAUGCAUGAUUUUGAGAAAAGUUAAAAAUGGUGGUAUUUUUUCCAUCUCUUGUACGUUUUAAAAACCAAGCCAGAUCCAUUUGCCAAGCAGAAUGUCACUACAUUUACUUAAAAAAAAAAAACAAAAACUGGUUUUCUUUUUUAAAAAUAUAUUUUUUGUUUCUUUAAUUAGCAUCCCUUAUUCUGUGGCUUGGCAUUAUGCAAAAUUCCUUAUUUUACUGAUCUUAAUUAUAUAGUUAAAAAAGCCUGAUAUACCAUGGUAGCCUGUAAGGCAGUUUUGGUCCCUCCUAAUGUCAAUCUUAUAAGAAUUCCACUGUCCUCUUGUUCCUUCGUUGUUUUGUUUUAUGGAUAUAUAUAACCAGUUUGAGCUUCAUUGAUUUUAUGAUGAUAAUAAUUAGACAAUACUAUAAUUAAUUUACUCAAUACAUUGUCAUCUUCAGAAGAGAUGUUUUUAUGUGAUAAAUCACUUCAUAUUUAAAAGUUUUACACUUAAUAUUCAUGUUAACAUUGGGUGCAAUAAUUUAGUAGUAUUAGCUUUAGUUAUAAAUAACUGGAUAUUUCUGCUGACAACUUAGGUUGUAUGAGUUAUGCUUAAAAGCUUUAAAUCUGAUGUUUCCUGUACCUGCCACCCUUUGUUAGAAUGUGUCCUUCAAACAUACCCUCCUGCAAUUUCUCAAACUGUACUACAUUGAUAUUUCUUGAAGUCUAACUCUGUGCUAACAGAUCUUCAUUUUAAAUAGAAUACGGUUUUAAUUUUUGAUAAGCUGCUGAAUUUUAAAGAGAGUUUUUUGGGGCCACCAAAUAUUUUGGAUCAUGCAGAGAAUAUAUAUUGUACUGUAGUAAUUUUGUAUUUACAUUUGUAUGAUGUGACAUAAUAGAUGUGAAUGUUAAUCACUGCUUGACUAUGUUAAUAAAGUUGUUUAACUAUA